GGCAGUGGAAAGCAUAAUAGCGAAAUCCACAACACAAUUUUCAUUGAAGUACGCAGAACUAUCGAUUGUACGCGCUCUCUCUCUCUACUCCGACGUUUCGCUUUCCUAAUCGAUCUUCCACUUCCGAUGGCAACCCCUGACACUACCCCCACCGCCGCUAACUCAACAGACGAAAACCCUAACAAAACCCUAGACCACCCCACCACCUCACCCAAACCACACUCAGAUCCAAUCUCCGCCGACAUUGACACGGGCGCCGACAAAUCGAAGGACACUCCGGCCGAUCUCGAAAACGACGCUCCACUUUCCGAUGUUCAGAAGAAGAUGCGUCGCGCUGAACGAUUCGGUAUUUCCGUCCAGUUGUCCGAAAAAGAGAAGCGCAAUUCUCGAGCCGAAAGAUUUGGCACAGCGUCUGUAUUACAUGGACCCGAGGGAUCAAAAGAUGAGGAUCUGAAAAGGAAAGCUAGGGCUGAGAGAUUUGGAAUGCCUACUCCUUCUACGACUGCCGACGAGGAUGCAAAGAAGAAAGCUCGUCUUGCUAGGUUUGCAUCUGGUUCGAAGACUGACCCUGCAGAGGAAGAUAAAAGGAAAGCGAGAGCACUUAGGUUUUCAAAUUCAUCAUCAACGACUCUGUCGCAAGUCAAUGUCGAAGCAAACAUUGAGCCUGCUGCCAUUGCGAGCAAUGCUGGAGGAGGCACCUGAUUUUGCAGCUUGCUUCUUUUAUUGUAGGAUUUUUUUUUUUCUAGUUUUUAUCCCCAGAUGCAUCUAUCCUUCAUUGUUUACUGAUACCUUCCUCCAAGCUGUGAAUACUCAAGUGGUCAGAAGUAGCCUGCUUUUGUUUCGUCUCAGUAUUGGCUCACUAGGUGACACCUUUUGUUUCGUCUUCAUAGUGUUACUUAUUUUAGAAUCAGCAAAGGUUUUAAAUUUUGAAUCUACAGCCUGAAAAAAGUUAGAUUUUUGGAGUUUUUUUAGAAAGGAAGCUUAAUUGUUCAUAAUUAUCUACUGCUAGUGAAAUUCUCGGCAUUAUUGUGCCAAAUGGUAGUAUCAGAUUGGUUUUGCUGAUCCAACGUUAUGCUGAUCCAGAAUCUAGUAAUGUUAGCUUAAGUUUUGUUGCUUAAUAUGUCUUUAAGGAGUGUUGCAUAUAAGAUGAACUUGUUUCUGGUUAAUGCAUGGCAUCUAUUUCGGAACUGGUGGGGGGUAAAGUAAGAUUACUUUAUUUAUAUAAGAAAUAGUGUUCUCAAGUUUGUUUUUUAAUGGUUAUAGGUCUAAUUUCUCACUUACUGAAUUUGAAAUGAGAGUAAACAUGGAACUUCUGAUAAUGACUGCAUUCUUACUUGCAUCUGAAAUUGCUUUCCUCAAUCCCUUUGGUGUUCUGACUUUUUUUGUUGAUAUGCAUUAAUGCCUACUAUUACAUACACUUCUAUGGUUGACUUAUUUUUGGAUUUCACAACAAGAAGUGAUUUAGGCACAUCACAUGAAAUAUGAAGCAUCUUUCUUGAAAAGUGAUAAAUGUACUAUGUGUUGGUGCUUUCAGAAAUGCAUCUUGUUUGGUGUAGAGUUAUUGGUCUACCUAAUUGGAUCAGUUUGAAUGUUGGAGCCUAUGUUUCUGCUACUGUCUUCUGGCACUAGGUCAUGAAUAGAUGAAUAAUGGUAAGCUGAGUGUUUCACAUGAAAACAUAAAUUUGUGGCCGAAUUUUGUUGGUUUUUUUACAUAGGUGCCUAAACUCUUUUUUAAUUAAGGCUGUAGCUUCUAAUGUUUAUUACCUUUGCUGUUACUUUAAGAUAAGUGAAUGCUUUGAAGUUUUAUUUGUGCAGUUGCCAAACUAUAGAAUUGUAAAUCUGUAUGGCUGGAUGAGGAGAAAACUCUGAACUUUUGUUGUUGUUGCUGAUACAGUAUCUUGUAAUCUAUUUUUAAGCUUUUUGUGUAGACCAAAGUUUGGAGAAUUAAGGUAUCUUGUAUCUGGGGUUAACAUUUUUGCUUGUUAGUACUAAUGAAUGGAAGGACCAUUAUUUCAUGAUA